CUCUCUCCCACACCUUGCUCCACCACUCCACGCUGAUCUCCAGGAGGCCAUCAAUGGCGAUGGAGGUGGAGUCGGCCAAGUGCGAGUGCUGCGAGCUAAGGGAGGACUGCACCCGGGGUUACAUCCUUGGCGUGAAGGCGGACUUCGGCGGACGGUGGCUGUGCGGGCUGUGCUCGGAGGCGGUGAGGGAGGAGGGGAGGAAGAGGGGCAUGGAGGAGGCGCUGGAGGACCACAUGGCCUUCUGCCGCGGCUGGUGCAGGAGCAAGGACCCCGCUCUCAGGGUCGCCGACGGCAUGCGGCAGAUGCUGCUCCGGCGGCGGCGGUCUAAGUGA